AUGAGCCUUAAAGUCGAAAAACUUAGGAUUAUUAAGGAUAUAGAAGGGAGACUUAAUGAUGAAACCUCAAAUAUCACUUACCUUAAAGCUACCUUUAUGCAAACACUUCAACAAAAAGCUACAGAGAAUAGAGACGUUCGGUUCAGCGAACUUUUAUAUGACGAAAGUCUAGAUUUAAUUAAAAACACCAUUGAAGAAAUUCGAAAAAAUCCAAUUUCUAAAGAAUUCAAUAGCCAAGUAAAAAGAAUUUAUAAUUACCGUAUAAAGGAAGCUAGACAAGAUACCCUUUUUGAAGUAACUGAGUCUCCUUGGAUUUUGCAUUCAGAAUGUGUAGGAAACAUUUUGGAAUUUAAUUCAGUCCAGCAAGACCUACUUAAGCCAUUUCAUAAUAAAGCACUCCAAAAGCAUUUAAGAAAAAAUAUAUGAAGAGCUCUACUCACCUACCCAAAAGCUGAAGAAGAAUAUUUUAACCUUUUCAAAGAAAAUAGAUGAAAAACAAUAUCAAGGAAUGAAGUCGAAAUAACCAAAAAAAGCGUAGAUUUACUGUCAGAACAUUGUCCUGCUUUAGCAUUUAAUGAUAAAGUUGUUAUGGCAAUGAAAGUUCUGUUAAGCUAUAUGGAAAAAGUUGUGGAAAGAAGGCUGCCAGAAUUUAUUUAUUAUUUAAUGCUCCCUAUCAUGUAUACCUUACCAGACUUAGCAUCAAAUUUGCCUAAAAUGGUUGGCAUUGGCAUGAAAAUUUUUGAAAUACAGACUACAGUCUGAACUAGUGAAAAGGGGGAAGGGAUUAUUUUUGUGUUUUUAAACAGACUAAGAGAGGUAAAUCCACAAUUGGCAGAAAAAUUCGAAAAAAUGUGUGAUAUCAGGUUUCAAGAAAAUAAAGAAAAACUUGAAAAUUUUUUAAGACCAUUUUUAAGCAGGCUUGGCUCUGGGUUUUUUAAUAUAGAAACAACGUGCUUUGUGUACGAUCAGCUGAUUAUGAAGAACUCAGUGGAUUUAAUGUAUUAUUUUUUAGCAAUUGCACUGCAUUCUAUGAGUGAUAGAAUUCUGGGACUUGAGCAUUGGGAUGAUUUUGUGGAGAUGUUUUAUAAAGAAAUGAGGAGGAUUAGAGUGGAACAAUUAGAAGCUUUGACGAAUUUAAUACCAAAUGGGGAAGUUAUUGAAGAAAAAGCUGUGAUUCCAAGUGAAUUAAAAGGACAAGAAUAUUUGAAUUUUGUAGUAAAGUCAAUUGUUUUGGCAUCAAAAGAUAUUUCCAUUUAGUUUAGUGAGGGAAAAAAUUUAUAUGUAAAUUAUUUUAUAAAACGAAUUUUAUUUUAAAGGCACAACUGCUAUUAAUUAGUAUAAAAAAGAUAGGAUAGAUGAUAUGGGAGAAUUGAUUUCUACAAGGAGAGUUUUAGCUGAUGAUCCAGUCACAGGACUUAUGCACCAAAAACUUCUGAAAGGCAACCUAAUGGAAAACAUGAUUAAUUCAAGAAGGGAAACCCCUCUUCCUCGUUUAGAAGGAACUUUGCUUGAUAUGACAAGAGAAAGCUUCAGACCGCAUAUAGCUGAAAAUAGGUCAAUUGAUGACAGUUUUAAUAAAUCAAGAGCACCAGAUAGGCUAUUAAUGCCUGAAAAGCUAUUAGAACCAAGAAGCAGAGGUGAAAAAACAAAUAACCCACUUUUGAUAUCUGAUAUGAAUGAGUCAUCAAUUCAUGAAAAUAGUCAAGAUAGGAAGUUUGAUAAAGGGGAAGCAAAAUCUAUGCAAAAUGCGCUAGAUAAGUCAGCUGUGUCUGAAAAACUGACGAAAUCAAUGAAUGAUGGCGUGAAUAAAUCAAAAGACCCAGCGAAUAAACAGAAGCACAAUAAAACAGUUAUCUUUCAGUCUUCGCAGCCUCCGCCUGAUAAUUCAUAUUUGAAAAAUGGUAUAUUUUGCAUUCCAGAUUUAGAUAAUCUUAAACCUGGACUAUUUGACAAGUUUAUAGAUUAA